AUGAAAAAGUCAGCCAGCCGUUGGACGGCGGCGCCGGUUGGGGGCGUGGCUAUCCGGCGGGCUCCUCUGGCAAAAGCCUUGCCGGCUCAGACGGAGAAAGACCUCGUCGGGUGCGGACGCAUUGGCCAAAGGCUGGGGAUGGGACUCUUUGACAAGCAGCCACCAAAUCAGCUUUUUGCGCACUGGGUGAAGACCCACAUCCAGGCUCAGUCAGCUGCCGAGAUUGCAGUAGGGCACCAGUACCAGCAUGAGGGGAUGUUCCACGCACUGAUGAUGAUCCACAAAGAGCACGGCAUCCUGGGACUGUGGCGGGGGGCCAUCUCUUCGGUGCCCCGUGUCAUGGUGGGCUCCGCUACGCAGCUGGCCACUUUCUCCUCUACCAAAGAGAUCUUCAUCCGGCUAGAGGUAUUCCCAAAGGGUAGCUGGCUGGUGGCCCUGAGUGCUGGGAUGGUCAGUAGCUUUACCGUGGCCCUCACCUUUUCGCCCUUUGAUGUGGCCAGCACCCGUCUCUACAACCAGCCUGUGGGACCACAGGGUCAGGGCCUGAUAUACAAAGGUCUUCUCGAUUGCCUUGCCAAAAUAAUUCGCUCAGAAGGCUUCUUGGGGGUCUACAAGGGAGUAGGAGCUUCUUACUUCCGCAUUGGGCCCCACACUAUCCUCAGCCUGCUGUUCUGGGAUCAGCUGCGCCAGAAAUACAACCAUUGGGCACAGAAGCGGUGAUGUUGAUUGCAGCUGACUAAUAUGAGAUGCCCACUGGGAGUCCAUGUUGCCGCUUACCUGGAGAGGUUCAGAAACCUUGGGAUCAGCAUGGCCAUUUUCCCAUCUUUAUGUUGCAUUGGAUGUCAGCCUUGGGACUGACACGACCCCGGACCAGAGAUGUCUGCCAUGGGGCUGGUGGAAUGAACUGUCACCCCCUUCUUUGCACUGCAUGCCCUCAUGUGGCAGGUGAUCUUUAUUUUAUUUUUUAAAAUCCAUCCCUCUUCUGCUCUUGCAUUGUACAUUGGGGAGAUGCUAUUUUGUACAAGCCGCAACCCUGUUUGACAAAGAAAGUAAAGUUACAGGUGUAACUUAUUGACCAACAAGAGUGUUGUGUGACUCCAGCAGCCAGACUCUUGCCCUUGUUGUGAACCAGACAUGGGGAUCAUGCAGCCCUCUAGAUGUUGGUGGGAUAUAGCUCCCAUGUGCUCUGAUCAGCAUUGCCAUUGACAGGGAAUGCUGGGAGUUGUGGUCCAACAUCUGAAGAGCCACCUUUGUGCUCUCUGCAUAUGGUUGCCUCUUUCCACUCACAGAGGCCCACACAACUUGUCACUUGCAAGUCAUGAGCUAUGUAUUAUAGUCUGCUAGGAGUUCAAUAGCUGUCCAAAAGGCUUGGGCAGGUGAAGAAGGCAUCUCUGGUUUCCCUGUUUGUAGGACAGCUCAUUCAUAGGUCUAAAACAAAGAUUCAGACCAUGGUUAUAUCCCUGCUAGAAAACUGUAGCACUUCCAUGCCACUUUAAUGGUCACAGCUUCAUCAUAUGGUAUCUUGAGAUUUGUAGUUUCACGAGGUACUUUGAAUUUUCAGCCAGAAAGCUCUAGUGCUGUACUUUGGGGGAAUGUGCUAGAGAAUUCUAAGUACCACACUAAACUACAAAUCCCAGGGUUCCAUGGGACACAGCCAUGGCAGUCGAAGCAGUCUCACAUUGCUGUGCAGGUACACCCUAGAAAUGGUCGACUUGUGGCUUGUCACAAGUUGAUGGACCCCUAACUUUCAUCAAUCAACCCAAUGGUAAGAGAUGAAAACAUCUGGAAGGCCAGAGCUUCUUCAUCUCAGAGUAAGACAGAAGAGGCUCACAGAUCUGCUUUUUCCAAAGUUUCAAGAGCCUUGUAAGGCAUUUCCCUGAUAACUAAACAGGCUUCAAAAGCCUAGUUUCCAUACAAAUCCAAAGGAUUACAUUUGACUUGUCUCUAGGUGGUGCUGGAGUGCAAUGGAUGGGAAACUUCAGUGCUUCAGAUAUUUUGGCUACCAGUCUUCCUAGAAGCCUCAACCCCACGGCCAAGACUAAAGGACUGGGGCAAGCUGUAGUCAAAUAUUGUCUGGAAAGCCAAAGGUUGCCUGCCACAAGCAUUAAUUUGCCUCAGCUGCUUCUAGUUUUUGUUUCUAUUUUUUUCUAAGAGUUGAGUUACAAUUACCAUCAUAUCAUCUGAAGGUGGAAUUUUGUGGUUACUUUUGAUGUCAUUUUUUCUGAGACCCAAGUUCACAUUGUAGCUUUUGUUAUCUAUCAGCAGCCUAAAGGUAAUGGAGAUUACUGUGCCCCUAUAACAUGAGGGGAAACCUAUUUCUGCCCUUAAUCCCAACCCAUGAGACAUGUCACUGCUUAAAACAGAUCUGUGCAUUCCUGAUAUGCAGAGCAUUGAUGACAGGUGCAUCAAUAACUCAUCUCUUUUAAGUUUAGAGAUUUUGUAUUUUAUUUUCAAAGGAUGACACGUAAUCUCUGUUUCCUGGGCCUGCCCUAUGGUCCCAUUUAACAUCGAGAAAUCUGCAAGUUUUUGAAAAUGAAACUUCAGUUGUGGGAAACUUUUAAAAAAAAACAGAAGUGAAGAAGGGAGAACCU